AUGGAACAAAAAAUUAAGUCGCUGUUAUUUAUUAAAAUUAUAACGUCUAACCUAUUAAUUUGGAUAUGUCAUUAUAUUUCUACAAGUGAAUUUAACAAAUCGUUAGUUGAAAGCUACAAUAAUCGUAGUAACUUAUAUAAAAGGAAUUAUCGUCUAAUGGCAAAAUAUAAGCGCGAUAAGCUUUCAACUACAGUAUGUUUAAAAGAAGAGGUACAAAAUGGAGUACAAGAUAAAAAAGAUAUAAAUAAUAAUGAAAAAUGGGACGAAUAUAAAAAGAAGCAAUCAUGUGGAAGUUCAUCUAUGAGUACAAGAGGCCAUAAGAAAAUAAAAAAAAUAAAUCAUGUAUAUUUGAAACAAAUAAAUAUUCCAAUUUAGAAAAAAAAAAUAUUCAAGGAACUUGAUUACGUAGAUUUUCUUAGAAACAACAGAACAAUUAGUAAUAAAAUUUACAAAAAAAUAAUGCGUAAAAAAUGUUCAUUAAGGAUCGUUUUGCCUUUAUUAUUGUUAUUAUUUUUAUUAAUAACGUUUAUAUUAGAUCUAUCAAAUAGUUUUGGACUCGUAAAAGGGUUGUGUGAAAUAUUGAAUUUAUACGCUAGUAAAUUUUGGUACAGUUCUUUACAUUCGUUUUUGAAGAAUUCGCCUUUAAAUUGGUUAUUUAAAUCAGGGGAUAAAUUAAGAUAUAAAGUAUCAGACGGGGCUAAUAUUGUGAAAUUUAUAUACGGUUAUACUUAUGUUUAUCAAUUUUUUGACUUUUUAUUAUAUGUCAUACCUUUCAUUAUAUUAGGUGUCACAAUUAUAUCAGGGGUUAUUUAUUACCAUAAAAAAGUUAAGAAAUAUGAAAAAAUUAAAUUUAGGAAAAGAUAUAAUGAAUAG